AUGGGGGUAUCGGCGACAGAACAAGGCUGGUUGAGGACUGAGUGGUGGGACAGGAUCCAGGGGCUGAAGGGUCUCCUGUUGAUGAUCCCCAGACGUGAUUUCCAGCGGCGGCCGGCAGGGACAGACCAGCCACUCGCUGAGCUACCAGCGGCGAAGAGGCAGACCUGUCAUUCAUUGGUGCGGCUGCCAGCAGCACUGAUCUUUACUCAGGCACCGAAAGACCGAGGCUGUGGCACCUCCACAUCACUGACCGCUCAAGGACAGCGUCUAUCCCGCUGCCAUCAGACUCUACUCUCCCUGCUGCUGAACUUGGUGGCGGUGAGCCUGUCGGCCACGGCCCUCGUCACCACCUACUGGUGCGUGGGCACGCAGAAGGUGCCGAAGCCAGCCUGCACGCCGGCCAGGACGACGGACUGCACACUCGCCCCUGGCACCCAUGCCAGCUCCAACGGCAGCCUUGGCGACAGCGAGUACAGCUGGGAGACGGGCGACGACCGCUUCACCUUCCGCGCCUUCCACACCGGCAUCUGGACCUCCUGUGAGGAGAACAUCACCGGCGCAGGGGAGGAAUGCCGGAGCUUCGUUGACUUGACCCCCAUCACACAGCAAGGUAUACUGUGGCUCUCCCUGGUUUCCGAAGUUCUCUACAUUGCUUUGCUGUCCAUCAGUUUCCUGCUGAUGGGGUUGGAGCUGUGCUUCCCUCGAAAUUCCACCUGCGCACUCAAGCUCAAUGCAUUCGCAGCCAUCUUCUCCGUGCUGUCAGGCCUGCUGGGAAUGGUGGCCCACAUGAUGUACACACAAGUUUUCCAAGUGACAGCAAGUCAAGGGCCAGAGGACUGGAGACCCCACCGCUGGGACUUCGGCUGGUCCUUCUACCUGGCCUGGCUCUCCUUCACCUUCUGCAUGGCGUCCUCUGUCACGGCUCUGAACAUCUACACCAAGACGGUCCUGGAAUUCCACCAGUCGCAGAAGCAGAGCCUGAAGCAGCGACCCGAGAGGCUGGGCUAUUUCCCCGGCCGCUUCAACCAGUCCGCUUCUGUUGAUAUCUUCACCAACCUGGCUCCCGGUCUCCUGGUGAGGCCAGGGUCAGUGGACGAGCCCGACUCAGCAGAGUCCCUGGGAGAUGAGCGCUGCUAA